AUGACAUCUCUCGGAACGAUCCAAGCGGCAGCCGCCUUCAACAACAAGACCAUUGAUAUGUUCCCCGACUUCGUCAUGUUCGAAACCAACCGAACACCCGAAUUUCUUUCCGACUUCCCACUUGGUCGUGUCCCGGUAUUCAAGGAUCCAACCUCCUCUUUCAAACUCUUCGAAUCAGAUGCUAUUGCCCAAUAUGCUGCCGAAACCGGCCCUGCUAUGAACCAAUUACUAGGAUCAAAUGUCAUAGAACGCGCGACCAUUCGUCAAUGGAUAUCUUUUGCUAAUAAUGAGAUUUUUGAGCCUAUCACCACGCUUAUCUUUUGGAGAUAUGGAUUUGUGCCUUUUGAGAAAGGAGCAGAGAAUGAAGCUAUGGGAAAAUUGGAGAUUGUUUUGAGUUUUUUGGGGAGUCAGUUGAGUAAACACGCUUAUGUGUCUGGUACGGAAGAUAUCAGCUUGGCGGAUAUUUCAGUUGCUGCUGCUUUGUAUUGGGGAUUUGAUCAGGUCAUCGAUGCAGAGAUGAGGGGAAAGUUUCCUAAAGUUGUGAGAUGGUGUGAGAACACUAUUAAGCAUGAACAUCUUAGACCUUUCUGGGGAGAACAUAAAUUUGUUGAGAAGAGAAGAGAGGGGGAGAAUAAUUCAUUGGGAUAA